CCAAUGCCUCGUUCACUGUUCAGCUCACUCCGUCCGACCAUGUCAAAGCUCGCCCUUCGUUCUAGUCUUGUCCGUGGGACUGUCAACCUCCCGGGUAUUACAUUCGAAUCCAAGGCGCUUACGAAGAAGCUGCUGGAGCGGGAUUAUGUCGACCAUCAUUGUUACUUUAGAACCAAUGGAUUCCAUAACCACUUGAACCAUCACCUGCUCGCUGCUUACGACUUGGGCGCCCCGCCUGCACUGCUGCAAGCGAUAUACGAUGCUGAAGCGAGUUCCCAACGUCCUCUGGACGGCGAGGGUACGCUCAAGGAUCUUGUCAUCGAUCACAAGAAUUGGACGGAAUACGUGGGGAAACCUGACGCAUAUAAAGCUUUUCUGGAGUUCUUCUCUCAGGAGAUCCAGGACCGGGGAAUGACGGACACGUUUGAGAAGUAUGUCUUUGACCCCUCUGCCAAUGGGAACGGGACGGAGAUGCUAGCGAGGUUCUCCAGCGGCGCGUACCAUCCCCUUAUCCAAUGCGGAUACGGGUUUGAAUUCCAGGAUGCUCUCAUUGUGGCCGAAGGCCUCGCUCAGGCAGCAAUUCACCCCGCUUCAGCUGCCCCAGUACUUCAGGAGCCUCUCUGUCCACCCGUAUCACCCAAUUCCAAUCAAGUGCACAACGGCACUCGCCAGCCAGCGUACGGCAAGAGCGUGCUCUCUAUCCUCAGGGCCGUGUACGACAGCGACAAGCUCAUUCCGGUCAUGCCCUAUGACCCAGACGCACUCUUAUCUAAGCGUAUGCGCGAUUUCCUCUCCGUCCCACGCGCGGAGCGGCCUGCGGAGAUCGUCCGCCUCUGCUCCGAGUGGUCCGCACCCCUUCCCUCGUCUUCCGAGCCUGCCGCUCUGGCAGCAUUCGAAGCCGAUCUUGCGGGGAAAGUCGAGGAGUGCAUGUGGCUCGCCACGCUGCUCACCUUUGCUACGGGCAAGAAAGGGCGCAAAACGCGGUUGGACUUCUUCAUGAUGCACACCCUCACUUCGUCGCUCUUCCUCGCGCCCACUCUGGCCGCACUCAAGACGCCCGAGUAUAAGGUUGCCUACCUCCAGUGCUGGCUUAGGGGGGCGAUUAUGUUCGUCAUACUCCGUGGAAGGCCGCGUAUCGACCCGGAACUACUUAUGUCGUAUACCGCGUUCCCACAGCCGUCCAGGGGGUCCCAGAGCGCACAGGCGAGCAAGGAUGCAGUUGGCCAACCUGGGAAGGCAGACCAAAAGAACCCUUGGAUGCAGUUGCUCGCUUCUGUCCUGUAUACGCCCGAUUCGCACACCAUCAAGGUGAUGCGUUCGCUGGUUGCCGCCGAACAACAGUAUGGGACGACACCGCCCGGAGGCGUAAUCGGCGCUUUUGAAGAGGAUGGGAAGACAGAGACUCAUGCCGGUGCUGCGAAACUCGAUGGGUCUGUGUUUGUCAGAGCCGCGGGUGUUCUGAUGGAUACGCUUGGUUGGGUUGACUACGGGCAAAAGGAAGGGGAUUGGGACAGGAGCGCAUUGGGAUGGGAUGACGCCUGGAAGAAUGACGACUAAGCGCCAGGGCAUAUUCUUAUUUUGCGGUAUGACUAGUGUCGAGGUGAUGUACAUGGAGAUCAUCGUU